AUUAAUUAUUAUUAUCAAAAAGCGAAAUUGGUGUCUUUUAAACUGACACAUCACGAUGUGCAGACAUGAGUAGUUAUUGUCUUUUGGUCAAAACACUCUGGUCAAACUUUUAACAAAAUUCACAAAUAUGCCAUCAGAACCGACCUCCGUCACCACGGCCACCUACACCACCAUCCCGAUUUCCGGCGGUGAUGUCAUCAACCGGUCCAUUCAAAAUCUCUACACCUUCCUUUCCCGAAGUCGACCGUGGCCGGAAUUUCUCGCCGGAGCAAGCGCCGUGGACAUUCCGACAUCCUUCUCCGAUGCUGCAAUUCGCGUCCGCCGGAACUUCAAAUACUUCUCCGUCAACUAUGCCAUUGUCAUAUCUGCUUGCGCAGCUUGUUCACUAAUCGGAUCACCUGUUUUAUUGAUUUUCGCCAGUUUGAUUUCUGCGUCAUGGUUGAUUCUUCUGUUCUUCCGGGAGGAUCCUAUGGUUGUUCUAGGGCAUCAAGUUAGCGAUCUAGCUGUAAUUUCCGUUCUGGUGACUGUUUCUGCAAGUACUGUUUGGUUUACCGGAAUUUUAAACAAUUUGAUGAUUGGUAUAGUGAUUGGAGUUUUGUUGUCAGUGAUUCAUGGAGGUUUGAGGAAUCCAGAAGGGUUGUUUGUGGAUGAAGACGACGCCGUUUCUACUGGAUUGAUUUCAAAUGCUGAAAGAGGAUCUUCUUGAUUUGCCCCUGCCAAUUCAUUCAACUGACUCACCAAAAUUAUUUGAUUCUUCUUUAGUUUUUUGUGUUUUUGUUGAUUGAGAGCUGUGUUCAUAUGAUACAUUUGGUGUGAAUUACUGAAUUAAAGGAAGAGAUUUUGCUAAAAGAUUUGAUUUUUUUGGUUGGUUGUUGAUUUUUAUUGGAAAUAGUCUCUCCACGAUAAGGUACCCUUAUUGUUGUUGAUUGUGAGAGCGAAUUUACUGAGUGUUUUGGUUUUGUAUGCAAGGAAGAGAUGCUACAGGUUCCAAAAGUUUACAGGAAAACCUGUUG